AUGGCGAGCGUAGAGAAGGACAAGUCAAAGGUGCAUAAGCUGUCGCUGAAAGGCAGCGCAAAGCUUGUUGCCGAAUUCGUGAGUGCCUACACAUUGCCUUCGUCUGGAUGGCUGUUCCAGCGAGGCGUCUACCCCGCGGAGGACUUCACCGCCGUCAAGAAGUAUGGCCUGAACAUGCUCGUUUCGUCCGACGACCAGGUCAAGGCGUACAUCAAGAAGAUUAUGUCGCAGCUGGACAAGUGGAUGGUCGGCGGCAAGAUCUCGAAGCUUGUCAUCGUCAUCACGAACAAGGACACGGGCGAGCACGUCGAGAGGUGGCAGUUCGACGUCCAGAUCUUCGGCGGCAAGUCCUCGUCGUCCAGAAGCAAGAGCUCGAAGGCCGUGGACCAGGAGAACGUCGCGCCGGGAGCGCAGCCUUCUUCGCCCGCACCCGAAAAGACCGAGGCCGAGAUCCAGGCCGAGAUUGCCGCUAUAUUCCGACAGAUCACUGCCUCCGUGACGUUCUUACCGCAACUAGCAGGCGACUGCACGUUCAAUGUGUUGGUGUAUGCCAAUGCUGACAGCGAGGUGCCGGUGGAAUGGGGCGACAGCGACGCCAAGGAGAUUGUGAACGGAGAAAAGGUCCAGCUCCGAGGAUUUAGCACGACGAGUCACCGGGUAGACACAUUGGUCAGUUAUCGUUUGGCCGAGUAG